GACUGCGGACACAGUACAGGAGAUGAUCAGAGACUGCAGACAGUACAGGGGUUCACCAGAGACUGCGAACAUAGUACAGGGGAUGACCAGAGACUGCGGACACAGUACAGAUGACCAGAGACUGCGAAUACAGUACAGGAGAUGACCAGAGACUGCGGACAUAGUACAGGGGAUGACCAGAGACUGUGGACAUAGUACAGGAGAUGACCAGAGACUACAGACAUAGUACAGGGGAUGACCAGAGACUGUGGAAAGUACAGAACUUCGGACAGUACAGGGGAUGACCAGAGACUUCGGACAGUACAGGGGAUGACCAAGAGACUGCAGACAGUACAAGGGAUGACCAAGAGACUGCGGACCUUUGGGGAAGAAGGGUGGGCAGUGUGGACAGCCAGGUGCCCACUGCGCAUGCAUGAGAAGCGC